AUGGAAGAUGAGCCCGCGGAUCUGAGCAUGCGCGUCAAUAUCGCGUUUCCACUCACAGUACUGCGACCAAUCCUGGCAGCGCGUUCGCCAGCCCAAGUCGACGAAGCGGCCUUCAACGACAUCUUCUGGGCCAUCAAGGCGGAAGCCUCGACUCGUGAGCAGCAUGGCCGCCGCAGAACCGUUCAACUCGCACCGCCCGUGAUCAACCUUGCAGCUGGCGCGAGCCGAGAGGACGCAAUCCAGAUCGAUUCGGACGACGAGUCGGCUGUACCAGCACCGAAACGCCGCAAGAAGAAUGGCCGAAAGGCCGCUGUCGCGAGUCGCGGUCGCUCUGAAUUGAACGCAAGAGUCUCAGCCAACACAGCUCGCCCUCAGCAAAAAUCGCGGCCACUCGGAAUCACAGAGCGCGUGUUGGCAGCGCACCACAAAGCGAUGGAGCUUCGCGCCAAAACAGAGAGGCUGGAGCACGCAAAGGCCAAGCUGAUCGCACUUCGUGGCGUCGCUUUCUCAGACAAUGGCCAGUCCUCAGCCCUCAUCUCCAGAUUCGAGCCAGACGACCGCGCUCCGCUAGCUCCCCACGAUGAAAAUCCGCCAUUCCACGACACGCAGAGAGCGCAGGCUGGCGAGGAGGAAGGCCAAAAAUGUGAAAUUCCGAGAGCACACAGCCAUGUCACAGACGAUCUUCUCGUGGCCUUGGGCACGGAUUGA